AUGGCCAGAAAACGUAGUAAACAGCGCAAGGGCAAGGGAGUGCAAGGUCCCGUACAGCCACGGCGCAGCAAGAUGAAGGGCCUCGAGUUCCUCAAGCUCCCCGCCGAGAUCCGCAACAUGAUCUAUUGCUACGCCCUGGCCGGAAAGCGCUAUUAUUACAUGCACCUUUUCUCCCAACCACCCCUUACUGUUACCAGCAAGCAGAUUCGCUUGGAGGUUCUCCCGAUACUUUAUAGUAACAAGCGAUUCACCCUGCACUUCGAGGGUGAUGUGCAAGGAUUCCGAAGACUCAAGAAAACGCUCUUGGCGCCCUCGCCUCCAAUGAGAGUUUCAGCGAUUUUAAACCUGGGCUACGUCACGAAGCUGGACAUAAAUUUCUAUUCCAGAAGUUACUGGGGCAAUUCUAAAAUGCGUGCUGCUGUGGUUCACAUUCAUAUGAGAAAAAGGAGUACAGACUGCUCUAUCCCGCAACGCCAAGUGUUGUGUGGCCCUGGUUUCGAUUGGACGCAGCAAGAGAAUGUCAAAGCUGUUUGCACAUAUUCUGCACGGAAUAGCCUGAGAGAAUGGCGGAUUGAUCCUCAUGCGGCCAGAGAAGCAAUGCGCUGGAUAUUUGGUGAAGGAAUGAGCUUGAUGGUUGAGUGCUUGGCGUUCUUCGCAGAGAAAUGCCCCCAGGUCUCAGCCUGGGUUUGGAUGAGGCUCGAGAUUGCUUGGUAA